AUGGCCAGCGCGGUGCACCACCAGCGUGUACCACCCCAAGGCUUUGCGCAUGGCGCAGUAGCGACGCUUACUUCGUCUGAUCCCGAGGAUGUACGGGCGUGGCAGUGGCCUGCACACCGCGGGCGCCUCCUGAGCCAUGCCGUGCUCGCGCGCGACGACGUGCUGCGGGUGUUUGAGGUGCGGGCGUUGCACGGCGCCGUGAAGCUGCACCAAGUGCGUAUGCACCGCCUCUUUGGUGAGGUCACUGGAAUCCGUCGUGUGCGUACGAUUGCGAGUCAGUACGACGGACGCGACCGGCUCUUGCUCUCGUUCCGCGACGCGAAGCUCGCGCUGAUGGAAUGGAGCGACGCGUACGGCGACAUCCACACCAUCUCUAUCCAUACAUUUGAGCGUGCGCCGCAGCUUGCGACGGGCCUGCCCCGUACGUUUGUGCCGGCGCUGCGCACGGAUCCCGCGAACCAGUGUGCUGCGCUGCUGCUCCCUCAGGACGCGGUCGCGAUCCUUCCCUUGUACCAGGACCUCGGCGAGAUGGAUCUCGGCGAGGAGGCCAAGAGCGCAGUACAGGUCCUAUCCGAGCUGCCGUAUGCGCCGUCGUUUGUGCUGUCGCUGGCCAACGACGUGGACGCCGGCAUCAAGAACGUGCGUGACAUUCUCUUCCUGCCCGGCUUUCAGAAGCCGACGCUCGCCGUGCUUUACGAGUCGCAACUCACUUGGACCGGCAGCCUUUCCGUGGCGAAGCAGACGAUGCGUGUGUGCCUCGUGACGCUCGACCUGACCAUUUCGCACUACCCCGUGACGGUGACGAGCGAGGCGCUGCCGUACGACUGCCUGUACCUCGUCGCGUGCCCCGAAUCACUCGGCGGCGUGAUGAUCGUGACGCCGUCUGCGGUUCUACACAUGGACCAGACCGCCCGGCUCGUCGGCCUCGCGACCAACGGGUGGUACGAAAAGACGUCUGACCUGCCGCUGCCCAAGCUGGAUGGCCCCGAGCUCGACCUGCAGAGCUCGCAGCUGGUCUUUACCAAUGCAAACAGCGGCCUGCUGUUCCUCGUGCACGGCGCGGCGUACACGCUGCAGUGCGCCGUCGAAGGCCGCUCGAUCACGUCGCUGUCGCUGCGCAGCGUCCAAGUCCCGCCGGACGCGCCGCCAUGCGCGUUUGCCGAGCGCGUGGGCUCGCAUGUGCUCUGCGCUUCGAUCCAGGGCGACACGCGCCUCUAUGCUGUCGAGUCGCACAUGGCCGAGUCCGCGCCGGCCGCGGCCGAUAUGACGCUCGACGAAGAGGAGAUGGAUCUGUACGGCGAGACAAGCGCGCCGAGCGCGCCGACGGCUAUGGUCCAGACGCAGCGCCUCUACACGCUCGACACACUGUCUGCACUCUGUGCGCUGAACGAUAUCUGCGUCGGCGACGUGCGGGAUACGUCGGGGCACCUUUCGCAACGCAGCGUCGUCGCGCUCUCGCAUGCGCUCGGCACGAUCGAGACGCGCGUGCGCAACAGCGUCGGCGACUCGAUUGCGCCCGCGCUGCAGGUGUGGAGCGCGGCGCUGGCCGACGCGACGCUUCUUUUGGCGGCGUGGGACGAAGAGUGCCUUGUGUACGCCUACGACACGCCUCCCCGCUUUGUUGCGCAGUGUGCCGGGCGCACGCUCGCGUGUGCUGCAGCACCGGACCGGCAGCACGCCUUGCGCGUCACGCCGUCGGCCGUCGAGCGCAUCGACGCGCAGGGCACCUCGACGCCGCUCUUUCAGCGCAGCGACGCGCAGAUUACCCAUGCCUGCAUCCUCGACGCGUACGCGGCGUGGCAGUGGAGUGACGGCCAGGUGGAAGUGUACCAGUUUGUGGACGGCUCCUACACGCGCGUGCCGCUUUCGCUCGCUUCGUGUGCGCACCUCGACCUGUACGUCGACGCGGCCGGUGCGUUUGGCCCGCCGAGUACGUGGCUGAUGCUCGCUAUGGACGACGGGCGUAUCGAGCUGCGGACGCUGCCGGACGGCACACUGCACUGGCAGAGCCGCUCGCUGCGUGUCCUCCCGUCGCGUCUCCACGCCGCCGACGGGGAGCAGCGCGAAGAGCAGGAGUCGAUGUCCAUUUCUGCGCUGCGCCUGUGCACGCUGGGCGACGUGCCCACGCUUGUCGUGCAGUACGAGCACGGACUGCUGGCCGUGCUCGAAGCACGUCCGCCCCCCCCUGCAUCCAUCGUGCCGUUCCUGGCGCCGACCGAGCCGCGCACGCUCGGCUUUGUGCGCCUGGACGCGAUGAUGCUCAGUGCGCCCUGCACGUCGAUCGAUCCAUUCGUGGGCUUUGGCGGCCGUGCGUGUGUCGCGCUGCCUGGCGCGCAUGCGCUCUUCCUUGUGCGCGAUGCGCACUCGCCCGUGCAGUGGAUCGAGUCGGAUAUUCCCUUUGCCGAUUUCUGCACGCUCCCCGGCCAGGACUGGACGACGGUCGGAGUGCAGAACGAGCAAGCAAGUGUUUUGCACUGGGCCCCCGUCUCGCUCGACGGCCUGUGCCCCUACACGCGCUGGACGACCGGGCGCGAGUAUACCCAUGUCGCAUGCCACGAGGAGACGGGGUGCGUAGUUGCUGCGUCCGUGCAGCCGGUCUCGUUUGUGCUGUACAACGACAUUGGCGAGCCUGUCCAGGACCCCAGCCAGGACCCGAUGCCGACGCAUUCUGAGCGCGGUGCUUUGGAGCUCUUCCCCCAGCUCGGCGUUGCGCCCGUGCACGGCUACGAGCUCGAGGCGAACGAGGUGGUGACUGCGCUGCACGUUGCGCCUCUCGACGCGCGCGACCGCAUGUCGGCGCGCCGCUCCUUUGUGACGGUCGGCACACUGACGACCUAUGGCGAGGACCGCGUCACGAAAGGGCACAUGUAUGUCUUUGACGUGAUUGAGGCCGUGCCCUACGCGCCUGGCGAGCACGACUCGAUGCAGCUCAAGCUCAUUUUCCGCGAAGAGAUGCGUGCGCCGGUCACGGCGCUCUCCAGCCUAAACGGCUACCUGGUCGCGGCCGUCGGCCAAAAGCUGCUUAUCCGCGCGCUCGAGUUUACCGAGUGGCUCGUGACGAUCGCCUUCCUCGAGACGGCGUUCUACACGACCCACAUCCAGCGGGUCAAGAACUUUUUGCUGCUGACAGACUACCACCGCAGUGCCUACUUUGUGGCGUUCCAAGAGGAGCCUGCGCAGCUCCAUCUCCUCGGCCGCGAUUUCUAUACCGAGUGCCUGACGCACGGCGCGCUGCUGAUCCAUCGCGAGAAGCUCGCACUGGUCACGGCCGACCUGCAAGGGUGCGUGCGUCUGCUGGACUACAAUCCGGCGAACCCCACGAGUCUGGGCGGACAGCGGCUGCUGGUGCGCACCGAGUACUAUCUCUCGAACGAGGUCGCCCAGGCCCUCGUACUGCGCGGCCCGCGCGACGCGGCGUCUGGCGAGUGCUUCUCGUCCGAAGUGCUUCUUGCGAAGCGCAACGGCGCGAUCGAUCUGCUGGUGCCGGUCGACGACAAAGUCUUCCAGAUUUUGCAGCUCUUCCAGAGCCAGCUCGUGCGCAGCGUGCGGCACACGUCCGGCCUCAAUCCCCGCGCGUUCCGUGCGGUGAUGAACCUGCACGUCUCGCGCCCCCUGGUCAAGGGCAUCCUCGACGGCACGCUCCUUCACGCCGCCGAGAACAUGUCGCGCCCGAAGCUCGUGCGCCUGGUGCAGGAUCUGCGCGUGCGCACCGGCGGCGUGGAGCCCGACGAUGUGCUCCGCUGUCUGGUGCAUCUGCAGCCCCAAUGGUAG